GCUCAGCGAAAAUCCGUCCUGCCAUUCGUCCCCUCGCAUUAUUACGACGCACCCACAAAGCCGCAGAUAGUGGACUCUGUCUUGCGUAUGUAAGUGUUGUGGUAACGCUCUUCACCACCAUAUGAUAAUACACGUCCUUCUCCAGCGCUACGGACGUCAUGUGACCUGAUUUUGACAGGACAGGUCCUGAAAUGGGCUCUUUGCCAAUUUUACUGCGGUUUCGCUCGCAAGUCAGAGUCCAGCAGGAACUCUAAACGCCGGUGUUUCGCUGCUGUGGCUUUAUAAUAGGAUAUAAAACGUCCGACCGACCGACUGAGCCGAGAGCUCGUCUGCUUUUGCCACCAUAGCAACAGCGGCUGUUGUUUUAGAGGGGAAUGAAUGGAGCGCAGCUGAAACGCUAACGGUCGUUAUUUUACCUCAGAACAGUCGUUGUUUUUGUCAAGGUUGUCCGUUUACACUAUGCUGCAGUUGGGGGACGGACUUACUUGCUUCUCGGCCGUCUUCCUGCUGGUCUUGCUGGGAACCAGGAGCGCCGUGUGGUCCACGGCUCUCACGGCCUCCCUCUACCUUUUUGUGGUGCUCUUCCGAUUCCCGCAGGUUCCGGCCAGCCGGGCGAAGCAGGUCCUGCGGCCGGGCUCCAGACUCGCCUCCGGCGGCGUGUCGGUGGUGGCUCACCGCGGCGGUGGACACGACGCACCGGAGAACACGAUAGCAGCUAUUCGAGCAGCCAGCGCAAAUGGAGCCACAGGAGUGGAGCUGGAUCUGGAAUUCACCGCUGAUGGCAUUCCUAUUCUAAUGCACGAUGAAACAGUGGACCGUACUACCAACGGAUCGGGACCACUCAGCGAACUGUGCUUCUCAGAGAUCAACAAACUGGAUGCGGCAGCCAAACAUAGACUGAGUGACCGUUUCCGAGGAGAGAAGGUCCCGACUCUGCAGGAGGCUGUGGAGGAAUGCAUCAAACACCAGCUGACCAUCUACUUCGAUGUCAAAGGUCAUGCAGAUGAGGCAGCGGCAGCUCUGAAGAAGCUGUAUCAGAAGCACCCAGUGCUCUACAACUCCAGUGUGGUCUGCUCCUUCGAACCCAAAGUCAUCUACAGGAUGCGGCAGGCGGAUCCAGAGGUUGUGACAGCGUUGACGCACCGCCCUUGGAGCUUGAGUCGCUUUGGCGACGGGUCACCUCGCUAUACGUCGACAUGGAAACACCUGUGGAUGCAGGUGCUGGAUGUGCUGCUGGACUGGGCGCAUCAUCACCUGCUGUGGAACCUGUGCGGCGUGUCUGCUUUCCUGCUGCAGAAAAACUACAUCUCCACGGACAUUGUGCAGUACUGGGCAGAGCGCGGUGUGGAGGUUGUGGCGUGGACGGUGAACACAGCCGUGGAGAAGGAGUACUACCACCAGCUACUGAACAUCAACUACAUUACAGACAGUCUGAUGGAGGACUGUGAGCCGCACUACUGAACACUGCAGUGCCCAAUGCACACACGCAGUCUCCUUUAUUGGCUCCUACAUACACACACCAUCACACACAUGCACUGAACCACACUUUUAGGCAGACCUUAAAAUCAUGUUUCUGCAGUAGAUUAUCUUACUAUGUUUUAUCUUACGCUGCUGAGUAAGAACAGAAAACACAACGUUAUUUUUCUGUUAUAGUGUGCAAUAUCAUGAUGAAGGGAACUCGUAUUUCAGGCAACUAAAAUGUAAAAUAAUAAGAAUGUAAGGUGUUUGAUGUAAAAACUGGUUAAAUGCGUGAAUAUCAGUCAAUAGAGGGAAGAUGAACUCUUAUUAGGCAUAUUUAUACGGUUUAUUCACCAGAAAAGCCUGCUGUCCUGUUGAACACAAUCGGCUGUUGCCUCAUAUGGAGGGAAAGAUCCUGUCGCCUGUUUCAGUACCUGUUUUAACAAGCCUUUCUCAACUUUGUCCCCCUCAGUGGACUCUCCAGCGCCAUCUGGAGGGCCAUUCCGUUACUUUUUAUUAUCUCAAGUGAAGGGUGUUUGACCCCAAAAUAAUUCAGAUUGAGACAUAGCAUGUUGAUUAUUCGAUUUGCUAGGCUUUAAGGCUACGUUCACGUUACAAGGCUCGUUGCUCAAAUCCGAUUUUUUGCUCAAAUCCGAUCUCUCUGACACGAUGGUUCACACUUGUUUAGGUAAGUGACUCAAAUCUGUCAUUAAUGUGAUGAACCGGCGUCCUGAAAUGACCCUCAUGAGCUCAUCCUACUCAGUAACGUCACGUGAAUGAAUCACGUUCAUCAUCAGC